AGGAUCCAGAAGACCUGCCAGAUGUGGUUCAGAAUUUGAAAGGGAAGACUUUCCUUUUUCUUCUCUGUGUUGAGAAAGAAAACAUUUGGGAUGGGAAAGAUUGUUACAAAGUUUCCAGGGUGCUGUCUAAACACGGUCUCUUAGGAGAUGAGGCCCCAGAAGAUUCAGAUCAGUUGGUCAAUCCUGCAUCAAUUGUUUCUGGAGACCAGCCACUGUUGUUGACAAUGAGUCAGGAUACAGAAGACUCAGUUACUCCAUCGUCUAAACGUGUUUAUGCCCUAAACAGUUCUGAAACUGAUCAAGCCUCAAGUUCUAAGAAGGUUUGUAUUCAGCCUGUGGACUUGGUUAAGUCCUCACCAGAGUUUAGAUUUGAGGUUGAGUCUGGAAAGAAGGAUGAUGAACAUGGUGCUGGAGAUGUUAAGGAUGGUGUGAUCAAAGGUGAAGGUGUUAAGAUUGAUGAUGGUGUAUCUGUCAAUGGACAGAGGGUGGAGGUCAAGCCGGUGGAAAAGUUGAUGAGUGUCAAGAUCAAGAGGGAGAUCAAGAAGGAAAAGAAGUGAUCUCAUGAUCAGUGAAAUGGGAGUGUCGGUUUUAGUCAUGUUUUCUUAUUGUU